GACGAGUGUUUUCAACUUUUGAAUCAAGCUGUUGACAUGGCGCCGCCAGGUCCGGGACGUGCUACCAACAUCAGGCCGCAGACACCCACCCGUUCUACAGCCUCAAGUCCUUCUCUCAGAUCGAAGACACCAGUCAGUGUCCCUGCGACACCUGCUAGUAGCAACAUGAACCCAGGCGGAAAUGUGAAGGUCGUGGUCAGAGUUAGAGGAUUUCUGCCUCGCGAAAUCGACAGAGGCGCUCAAUGUCUAAUCGAGAUGAACCCAACCACUCAAUCAACAAAGCUCCUCGUACCUCCUUCGACCGACCCUGCAAACGCCCGCGCCCAGACUCGAAAAAUCCUCGAAGAGAAAAACUUUACUUUCGAUCGAUCAUUCUGGUCUCACAACACCAGUGACAACCACUAUGCUACGCAAGAGGAUGUAUACAAUUCUCUGGGAGAAGAGUUUCUUGACCACAAUUUCGAAGGCUAUCACACUUGUAUCUUCGCCUACGGUCAGACUGGGUCGGGAAAGAGUUACACCAUGAUGGGUACUCCAGAUCAGCCAGGCUUGAUUCCACGAACCUGUGAGGACAUGUUUGAGCGGAUAGAGUCCAACGAAAGUCCCCAUAUUAGCUACAGCGUGCGUGUGUCGUAUUUCGAGGUGUACAACGAACAUGUUAGAGAUCUUUUCCAGCCUCGAACUGAUCCACCUCAAUACCUCAAGAUCCGAGAGUCACCCACCGAGGGACCCUACGUCAAAGACUUGACAGAACUUCAGGUGAAAAACUACACUGAGAUCCUGAAAUACAUGCGGAUGGGGGAUAGUUCGAGGACAACUGCAUCGACCAAGAUGAACGAUACCUCGUCACGAUCCCAUGCCGUCUUCACAAUCAUGCUCAAACAGAUCCACCACGACUACCACAAUGACGAAACCACUGAGCGAUUGGCACGUAUUCGUCUAGUUGAUCUGGCGGGAUCGGAACGUGCAAAGGCCACAGAAGCGACAGGACAGCGGCUACGAGAAGGUGGGAAUAUCAACAAAUCGCUGACAACGCUUGGGAGGGUUAUUGCUGCACUGGCUGAUCCCAAACAUGCUCGAAUGCACAACAACAAGAGGACCAAUCGUGACGUUGUGCCUUACCGCGAUUCGAUCUUGACGUGGCUAUUGAAGGAUUCACUGGGCGGCAACUCCAAAACCGCCAUGAUUGCAUGCAUUGCGCCGUCCGAUUACGACGAGACUCUAUCAACCCUACGAUAUGCUGACCAGGCGAAGCAUAUCCGUACCAAGGCCAUUGUCAACCAGGACCAUGUUUCGUCGGCUGAGAAAGACGCCCAGAUUUCCGAGAUGCAAGAGACAAUUCGUACUCUCCGUUGGACACUCAGUCAGCAACAGCAGAAUGGUAGUACCUCUGUGAUGAAGGCGGUGCAGGAAAGCGCAGAUGCCCAGUCGGAGAAAAUCCGUGAGCUCACCAGCAAAUACGAGAACAUGCUACAAAUCAUGGAAGAAAAGGUGGCCAUCUCGGAAUCCAAAGUUCGUCAACUUGAGGAGGAGAAGGAAGCCAUGAGUAUCCAUCUCUCGCUUGUGCUCGACGAGCUGAGGAACCCAAUAGUCAUCAACAAGGAAACCGAGUCUGCAGGCGAGAGGUCUAGAGUCCCUACGCCCGACAUGAUAUAUGAAGACGACACCGCGUCCAGUGACGAGAUCGACACCGAGUCAGAUUGGGAGGAUGAGAGGGCUGAGAUUGAGGCGGAUGCCCACGCGCUCCUUGCACAACUGGCCAACUUCAAAAAGAAGCUUGCUUCUGAUAUGGAAGACUUCGGUAUCGCGGCGUAA